AAUAAAAUCUCAAAAUUUAUUGACUUUUUUGAAAGGUCAACAAAAUUAAAAGAAAAAAAGGUCCAUUCAAAUGGUUCACAUUGUAUUUUAGCUAAAUCUACUUGCUUAUAUAGUCCUCUCUCACUAAUGACUAACCCGUGUGAGGGCACUUAGUAAUUUUCCUAUUUCAAACCUCUCUCUCUCUCUUUCUCUCUCUAGAUUUUUUCCUAAUUUGUUUGUUAAGCCGUCAAAACAAAUAUGAUGCAAAUCGGAUCAACACUUCCGGCGCACAAUCUUCAACUUUUCCGAGUCAGGCGCGCAGGCUUUGAGUGCUCCGGUUCGCCUCUCAAUCCACUGAACCGGGUUCACACUCGAAAACCGGAAAGACUAUCCACCGAAAUUACUAAAGAACACCUCUUCAACCUCGAAAAGCUGUUGCAGAAGCAGCCCCACCCGAAUCCGCCCGACCCGGAACCGGCGAUAAAUGGAUCCAACACCACCGGAGAAAACCGGGGUAGGGGAAUCCUGGAAGGCUUGAACUUGGCCUCCAGUGUUUGGCCGGAAAUGAAGGCGGCGGAGGAAAUGUCGCCGCGGUAUCUGAACAGGCUGCAGCGGCUCCUGUCGAAGUCCGCGGAAUAUUCUCCCCGGAAUAUUCUCGGCAGCCGUUGGCGCGAGUACCACGGCAGCGACGACUGGGCCGGGUUGCUCGACCCGCUCGACGAGAAUCUCCGGCGGGAGGUUGUCCGUUUCGGUGAGUUCAUUCAGGCGGCGUACCACUGCUUCCACUCCAACCCCGCCACCUCCACGGAGGAGGCGCAGUGGCCCCGCCACGUGGCGCUGCCGGAUCGGUCGUACCGCGUGACGAAGAGCCUCUACGCGACUGCGUCUAUCGGGCUGCCGAAAUGGGUGGAUGACGUGGCGCCGGAUCUCGGGUGGAUGACUCAGCGAUCCAGCUGGGUCGGGUACGUGGCGGUCUGCGACGACAGUACAGAAAUCCAACGGAUGGGAAGGAGAGAUAUCGUCAUCGCCCUACGAGGAACCGCCACGUGUCUCGAGUGGGCCGAGAAUGUAAGAGAUGUGUUGGUUCCAAUAUCCGAUGAAUAUAAUAAUAAUAAUAAUAAUCCAAAAAAAAAUGGAGGAAUUGAGUCAACUGACGGACAACAGCCCAAAGUUGAAUGUGGGUUUCUGAGUUUGUUCAAAACACGUGGGGAGCACGUGCCUAGCCUCGCCGAGUCGGUGGUCGAAGAAAUCCAAAGACUAAUGGAGAAAUACAAAGGCGAAGCCUUGAGCAUAACAAUAACAGGUCACAGCCUCGGAGCGGCUCUAGCUUUACUGAUCGGUGACGAACUGAGCACGUGCGCACCCGACGUGCCACCUGUCGCCGUUUUCUCAUUCGGUGGGCCCCGCGUGGGUAAUCGAGGUUUUGCAAAUCGAAUCCAAUCGAACAAAGUCAAAGUUCUACGAAUUGUAAAUUCUCAAGAUUUAGUCACUCGAGUUCCGGGCAUGUUCGUGAGCGAGGAGCUCGAUAAGAAAUUGAGAGAAAACGGGGCGAGAAAGUUGCUUAAUGCUCUCGAUAACAAUAUGCCGUGGGCGUAUGCGCAUGUUGGCACUGAACUGAGGGUCGAUACGAAAAUGUCGCCAUUCUUAAAACCCGAUGCGGAUGUGGCGUGUUGCCAUGAUUUGGAGGCGUAUUUGCACUUGGUGGAUGGUUUUUUGGCAUCAAAUUGCCCAUUUAGGCCAAAUGCUAAGAGAAGUUUGUGGAAAUUGCUAAACGAGCAAAGAUCUAAUGUUAAAAGAUUGUACACAAGUAAGGUAAAGGCCUUGAACUUGAGUAAUCUUAAAAGUGAUAUGCCUAUGGCUAAUUGUUUGCCUAGCCCAUCUUAAUAUUAUCAAAAGUGGUAUAGGUUUUGUGGAAUAACAAAGAUAAUGUAUAACUUUGUAAUAUAGUAUUGGUGUCUUUUCUUUGUUUUUA